GUGCGCUGUGUUUCGAUUUUCUCAAAAUCGUCUGCUAUUGUGCUUAACCCAGAGUGAACAAAAUUAUUACACUUGUCUGUUUCGGUCAGAUACAAAAGGGAAUUUAAACUAUUUUUAUUAGAAUUACUUUUUUGUAAUAAUACAGUUGAAACGAAUUUUUCUAUAUUUCCGUAUCUUAAGUAAUCGGAUUGAGCAACUUCUUUCACAAUCAUUUAUAAGAAAGAUAAAUAACAAUGUCAUUUGUUGUGUGGCGCAGUAAUUAGACCGUUUUCUGACGUUAAUAUAGGCCUUGCAUAUUGUUGUCAAUCUUUAAUAUAUUGCUCAAAAAUGUAUUUGGACACUAAAACGUUAAUUAUUUUGCUUAUACUUUAUUUAAAUAAUUUUGCGUUUGCUUAUAACGAAGGAAGUGAGACAGAUUUUCAGUUCACUAAAAUAAUUCAAAAAUCAGCAGAACACAUUCAUGUGUUGGAAAAUUUAAAAUUAGCUUCUGAAGAGGAUAAAAAUAUUUUAAAAGAAUUCGAAGCUUCAGUCCCAAAGAACAUUUAUCCAAUAUUAAUAGAUUUGUUUGCAAAAACCUCGAUCAAAUGUUGGCGAGACUUGAUAUACCUUUUUGAAAAUAUUAAAUCUCCUGAUGGCUGGUCCCUAAAAAUGUUGGAUGCUUAUGGGAAACCAGAAAGUGGAAUUUUAUUAGGCAAUUUAAAAUGGAUUGGAGAAUAUGAUGAAUGUCUAAGUAGUUUUGCACCUCCAAAGAAAAAUACUACUGUAGGAAAUUAUCAUGGAAAAUAUUGUACACUUCAAGUUCCUCUGAAGCAGGGAGAUAUGCCCUUGCCUCUAGUUAUAGCUGUAUGUUUGCCUGAAUCCUGUAAUCCAAAUGGACGCAUCUUGAGUAGUGUAACAAAUUUGAAAUUGAAUGGUUCUCUCCCAAAUUUUGAUGAUAGAAUAGACAGUGCACUGAGUAAUACUACUCUGACCUGCAAACCUUCAUCAAAGAAAUUAACUACUGCUGCCAUCGUUGUGAUAUCUUUGAUGUCCUUAUUUCUUCUUCUGGCUAUAAUAGGUAGCUCUAUAACAGUUUUUGAAUACUAUGCAAAAGAAAAUACUACCAAGUUUACCAUUUUUAGAACAGAUGAUACUGACAAACUUUCAAUAAAUGGAGAUAUCGAGAGUACUUCUACUGCAGAUUCUGAUGUAUUUUUGGUUGAUACUGGAAGCUUAGUUACAUUACCAUACUGUGUAGAAAAAUGCAAGCCUUUUCUCAAUUGCUUUUGCAUAUUUACUAAUGGAGAGAAAAUAUUAAACACUUCUAGAGCUGAAGGACAGCUUCCUUGUCUGCAUGGAAUUCGUUUCUUGAGUAUGACUUGGAUUAUCGUUUGCCAUUCUUAUGCAUUUGUUUUUCUUGUUGUUAGAAAUUUGGCUGAGACUAUUGAUUAUGUUGACCACUGGCUGUUUCAAAUAAUUCUGAAUGGUUUUUAUUCUGUUGAUUCUUUCUUUUUACUCAGUGGGUUUUUAGUUGCAUAUAUAUUCUUUCAACAAGUGCCUAAAAAUGAUGGCAAAAUACCAUGGUUUUAUUUCUAUGUGCAUCGUUAUAUAAGGCUAACACCAGCAUACAUGAUGAUUAUAGCAUUUUGGACCACUAUUUAUCCAUAUUUAAGCUCUGGUCCUCUAUCACUUGAUGUUGAUAUUGAUUACAACUGCAAAACUAAUUGGUGGUGGAAUUUACUUUACAUCAACAAUUUCCAGUCGACAGCUGAUCAGUGUAUGGGGUGGUCUUGGUAUUUGGCAAAUGAUAUGCAGUUUUAUAUCAUCAGCCCUUUGUUAUUAGUUACUUUAUGGAGAUGGCCCAAGAUUGGAUAUUCAAUAUUAGGGCUGUUAUUUAGCAUAACGCUUAUAUCAAGUUUUGUUAUCUCCUAUGAAUACAAUUUGAUACCUGGCUUAGAGAAUAUUGUUGAUGAAGCAAAAAAGGGUGCAGACUAUAUGGAGCGGUGGACAAAUUUUUUUGAUAAACUUUAUAUUAAACCCUAUACUAGAGUGGGUCCCUACUUAAUAGGAAUUCUCUUGGCUUAUUAUUUGCAUAAAAGAAAACAAUACAAUGCCACCAAGCUGAACUUGAUAACCUUAUUAGUUGGGUGGAUGAUUGCAUCUGGUAUUACAUUAGCCUGUGUGUUUGGCCUUUAUCAUCAAAAACUCACCCUGGUGGGAUCUUCAUUUUACAAUGCCUUAAGCCAUGUAGGGUUUGCAUUGGGAUUGGCAUGGGUUAUUUUUGUAUGCAUUAUUGGUCAGGCAGGUGUAAUAAAUAGCAUCCUUUCAUGGAAAGCAUGGAUUCCUCUGAGUCGUCUGACUUAUUGUGCUUACCUUAUUCAUCCAAUUGUGUUAUUUGGAUAUUAUAGUUCUGUGAAGCGAUUGGUUGAAUUCAAUCAUAUUAACAUGGUAAUGUUUUAUUUAGGUUUUCUAAUAGUUUCCUACAGUGCUGCUGGGAUAGCAUCAUUGUUAUUUGAAUCACCUGUGAUAAGAUUAGAAAGACUACUAAGGGAUAAGUUAAAUUCCAGAAGACAUACUUCAUGAAACUUACAGAAAGGAAAUGAGAAAUAGUUUAUUUUAAAUUACAUUGAUUUCUUAUUUGAUUGAAUAUUUUGUAUGUUGGUUAUUAUUAAAUUAGUUCAUAAUUUAAGUUAAUAGUUAAUAAUAACUUUUAGGAAGGAAAAAAAAUCUAUGAACAUUUGUUCAGCAUUUUUUUUGUUUUGUUUUCAGAUUGUUGUAAAUCUAUGCAACAGUUUGAAGAAUAGCAUUUAAACUAUUUAAUUCUUUUUUUAUUAUUUAGUGACCGUAUCUCUUAUUCUAAUUAAUGGUUGUCUUUUGAUUGUUUUAAGUCUAAUGUUUACAUAUCACUUUAAUAUUUUCAUAUAUAGAUAAUUUUAGAUAGCAUUGUACAUAUGUUGAUUUAAUAUAUAUGUUAUUUAUAAAUGUUGGUAUUUGUAUUAGAAGAAAUUUAAUAGAUAUUUUGAAUCUAUAGAAGAAAAACCUCAUGUCUGGUACAAUGUUUUUUUUCUUCUUGCAAUAACAAUAAUAAAAGAUUUUAAAUAAUUAAUAUUUCUCCAUUGCACACAUGAAAAUUUUGUUAUUUUUCUAAGGAGACAUGAUUAUUGUUUACUUUAUAUAAAUCUUUUAUUCUCUAUACUUAUUUUUUACACCAUUCAUUUAAUAAUAAAGCAUUUGUUUUUCUUAUUUAUUUACAUGGUUCUGUUUUUCGACAUGCAGUUAUUUAGAGGUAAAAAUUAUUUCUGUCUAGGCAUUUAUUUUUCGAAAUUUUCUAAUUCAUGUUAAGGUCAUGUAACUUUGAACCUUUUUAAUGCUAGAAAUGCUUGUCACAAUGAUAUCAUUUUAAACUGGUUCAAGACAGUAUUUCUGUGUUACAUAUCAUUUUUUUUUUUUUUAGUUUAUAUAUUAUAGUUAGAAAAAUCAUUGCAAUAAACAUAAUUUUCAGUCUGAUAAUUAUGUUUUACGGUAGAAUCUUAUAAAUUAUAUCCAAUAUUGUCAUUAUGUUACUAGUUUGUUUCGAUAAUUUGUAUUUUUGAUCCAUUUCAAUUGUUAGAUUCAAUAAAAUUAAAUUAUUUUAUAUAAUAUAUUUUUUUUUCCUUCUAUAUGGCCAGUCAUUUCUAUUUACCUCCUAGUAGAUAUUAUCAAAUAAUUGAAUACUGAAUUGCAAGUAAAUAAUGAUGAAUGUGUUUAUAUUUUCUAUGUUUAUUGCUUUUAUUUUUUCUGUGCCAAAUUUUGCACCUAUGAAUUUCUUAUUAAUGUAUUAAUUUUUCA